AUGGCUGCAGAAAAUAUUGAUUCGGGGAUAAUUCCAGAAACAAAUGAAUUCGACAGAGAGUAUGUAGGAAAGGGCUCUUUCAGAAAUUCAGAUUCCUUAAAUAAUGGGCACAGUACUAAUUCUGAUCGCCGCAGAGCAUCCAUGGGCUUGUAUCGUGCUGGAGACGAUUCAACUAGGAACUCUACUGGAAACCUGGAUUCUUCAAAUAAUAGCCAACAUGCAGUUCCUCAUUAUCUGAGAGCUUCAACUGGUUCUUGCCAUGAUUUCUGCAAAUAUGGUAGAAAACAUGCAUUUGAAGAGAAGGCGAGGCGCCCUUUUCUGAAGAGAAUGACAAAACCUGAGUCAAACAAACAGAGUCCUGUGAAGACGACAGUUCCGGCUGAGAUAAAGAAGGUAAUGGUUAUCGAGCACAAGCUGUCCCCUGAAUGCAAAAUUCAUUCUGCCAAUGUGAAAUCAUAUUCACCAAAGAACAAGCCAUUCUUGGAAGCCAAAAUUCAUUCUCCAAAUAAGAAGACUUCCUCUGGUAUUAAAACCAGUAUACGAAAACACAAGCCUUCACCUAUUACCAAAGCCUCCUCACUAGAUCCCCCGGAAAUUAUCAAGCGGGAAAUUUCGUCGCCUUCUACAAAAGUUGAAGUGGGACAGAAACGUGAUACCUCAACUGACAAUAAGAUGCCAAGAGAUGAGAAGAAAACAAAUAAUUUGUCCAAGAAACAUUCUCCUUCUGUGCAGUUGAAACCUGUGAAGGUGAAACCAUCAUCCUCGCCGUCUGGCACUUUAGAUGUUAUACAUGGGAAAGGCAGAAAAAGCUGCGAUGUCAAAAUUGGCAGAAAGAUGGCAGCACAUAAAUUAUCUGAUGGGAAAAAAGGGGCACCUCCCACUGCCUCUUUGUCCCCUAAAAUUUCCCUCUCUAGAACAAUAUCCUUGAAAUCAAGAAGAGCCAGAAGCUUAAAACCUGUGUCUAUGCUAAAAGAUCAAAAUAUGAUGUGCAAAACUGAGACUAAGAUUUCAAACGAUGAGAAGGUCCCUGAGAAAACACUGCAUGUCAUCAAGACAGAAAUUGGGAACAAUUUAUCUGAAUUCAUUCCAAAUGACCACGUUAUUCCAAUUCCAUCCCCCUCGUCACCUAAGUCUUUGUCCAAUGAAAAGCCAUCAUCUCUGUCGUCUCAGGAAGAAGAAGAAGAAGAAGAAGAAGAGGAAGAGACUGAAUACACCGAUAGUGAAGCAGAUGAUUUUGUCUCUGACUAUGAUACAAUUGAAGAGAUUGGGGGGAUUGAAACAGCGGAAGAUACUAACAACAAGACUCGUAGAAAGAGUACAGUUAUUUCUGAAGAUAAAGAUGGUACUCCUUCGAAGUUAAAGUUCAGGAGGGGAAAGGUAGUUGACCUUCAAUCUGAUAACAGCAGUCCUAGAAGGCUCAGAUUUAGGAGGGGAAGAGUCUUGGGAGAAGACCAAAAUGGCAAGGGUGACUUGAAAAGGAGAAUCUUUAAAAAGGGGGGAUCCAAUGAUGACAAAAAUGGUACUGACCCUUCUUCAAAAAAAUUAGUUUUAAAGCAUCAAGACGUGCAGGGGAAGAAAGACGCUCAAGGUUUGUUUAAUAAUGUUAUUGAAGAAACGGCAAGUAAGCUUGUUGUAAGCAGGAAAAGUAAGGUUAAGGCCUUAGUCGGUGCUUUUGAAACAGUGAUAUCUCUACAAGAAACUUAA